AUGUCCGACAAGACCACCGAACCACGUGGCGAUCACGUCCUCUGGGCCUACAGGCGCCUGAAAGACCCCGCCUCAAAGAACUACUGCGACAAGAUUAACGGCAUGUUGGACAAAACCUGCACUUGGUGUAAGGCCAAGCGAGAAGUCGGCACCCUCGCUGUCGACAGAACCCGCCACAUCAUGGGAGAACUCGUCGGGAAGACCGCGGACGGCGUUGAGGUUUGGGAGUACAACAAGGAUGGGCACUCUACCAAGUUGUAA